UUUUGGCUGUCAUGGUGGAUCAUGUCAACAAUUUUUAUUUGAUUGUCUACUUUUCAACCUUCGAGCUUCCUCUGGUUCGUUAAUGGUGUUACAUACAACAUGGGUCUUCUCUGCUCCCGAUUACGUGCUUGCCUGAGAUGUGGAAGAACAACCUCUGCCGCCGGUGAGCUGGAAGAUGCUGACGAUGAUCGUCAUCAAUCAUGGGAUUUGUUUUUCGAUCUUCCAACUCUUCAAGCUGCCACCAAUUUCUUCUCUGAGUCCAACGAACUCGGUCAUGGCGGGUUUGGUCCUGUUUACAAGGGUUUGCUGCCUAACGGUCAAGAAGUAGCGAUCAAGAAGCUAUCGCUUACUUCACGACAAGGAGUUCGGGAAUUCACGAAUGAGGUGAAAUUGUUACUCAAAAUUCAGCACAGGAACUUGGUCAUGUUAUUAGGAUGCUGCGUAGAUGGACCUGAAAAGAUGCUUGUAUACGAGUAUCUACCAAAUAAGAGCCUUGAUUACAUUCUUUUCGAUAAAGAAAAGUCUCGAUCGUUGCAUUGGACGCAAAGAUUUCAAAUCAUCAUUGGUGUCUUGAGAGGUCUUCUCUACCUCCAUGAAGAAGCCCCAAUAAGGAUCAUUCAUAGAGACAUUAAAGCAAGCAAUAUUUUGUUGGAUGAGAAACUAAAUCCGAAAAUCUCGGACUUUGGUUUGGCAAGACUUUUUCCGGGUGACGAUACACAUCUGAAUACGUUACGGAUUUCGGGUACGCAUGGAUAUAUGGCUCCGGAGUAUGCAAUCCAUGGAUAUUUAUCGGUGAAAGCGGAUGUGUUCAGUUUUGGAAUUCUAGUGUUGGAGAUCGUUAGCGGCCGAAGAGUUACAGAGCGGCAUCUUGAUUCCGAGAAGUCAGAUCUCUUGACCUAUACAUGGAACCUAUUCCAAACAGGGAAGCAGUUGGAGCUCGUAGAUGAAAGCCUUGAUGCAUGUAACCCUAGUGAAGCAGCAAUGUGCAUACAACUAGGGUUGUUAUGUUGUCAAGCUACGGUUUCUGAUAGGCCCGAUAUGAACGCUCUUCAUCUUAUGCUGUCAAAUGACUCUUUUACCCUUCCCAAACCGGGAAGGCCCGGGCUUCAAGGGCGUGGAGGACCUUGGACCACCACCACCUCACCCGCACUUACGACCACUAAUGCCACUACUACGCUCACUAAUCAUACGAAACAAUCCAUUUCUAGUUCUGUAGAUUAUUCAAGAAAUUCUAUAUCGGUUUCAUCUAUGAAUGAAGGUCGAUAAGCCUCUGUUCCGUGUCAUCGUACUGAGGCUAUAUAUUUUUUCAUUCGAUUACCGUUCCAACAUAAAUGUAGGAUUUUAAUUUGUAUUAUGAUUUAUUGUGUGAAUAUUAUUGGUUUUUAUUUGGGUAUUCUUUUAUUUAUUUGGGCCCAUGUUGUACAAAUUUACAUU